UAAGGACUCGAAGGUUUCCAAUUCUCCGGCAAGGACUUCCCUCCGCCAUUAUAUAAACGCCAAUUCCUCACUUCCAAACUCACCGCAGAAACGAAAACCAAAAGGAAAAACGAAUCUCAGCGACGAACCGAUUCGAUUUUCCUUUUCAUUUUCCUUCGAUUUUCAGAAUGACGAUCGUCUUGGCGCAGCCGGAAUGCGGAUCUGAAGUUGUGGAUCAGAAGCCGAAAUCACCGAGCGAAAACGCAUUUCUCGCCCCCGAAAUAAACUCAUUUGGCCAUUCAUUCAGGAAUUAUGAUGCAGAAAGUGAAAGGCAAAAGUCAGUAGAAGAAUUCUACCGCUUGAACCACAUCAACCAAACAUAUGAUUUUGUGAAGAAAAUGAGAGAGGAAUAUGGGAAAUUGGAGAAGGUAGAAAUGAGCAUAUGGGAGUGCUGUGAGCUGCUGAAUGAGGUGGUUGAUGACAGCGAUCCAGACUUGGAUGAGCCACAGAUUCAGCACUUGCUUCAAACUGCUGAAGCCAUUAGAAAAGACUAUCCCAACGAAGAUUGGCUCCACUUGACUGCUCUUAUUCAUGAUCUUGGAAAGGUUCUUCUUCUUCCUAGCUUUGGAGCUCUCCCUCAAUGGGCCGUUGUCGGGGACACACACCCUCUCGGAUGUGCUUUUGAUAAGUCCAUUGUUCAUCACAAGUACUUCAAAGACAACGUGGACAAUAACAAUCCAACUUAUAACACCAAAUAUGGUGUUUAUUCUCAUGGGUGUGGCCUCGACAAUGUAGUGAUUUCUUGGGGGCACGACGAUUAUAUGUACUUGGUGGCUAAACAAAAUGGAACAACCUUACCUCCGGCUGGAUUAUUUAUAGUCAGAUAUCACUCAUUUUAUCCAUUACAUAAGGAAGGAGCUUAUGAAUACUUGAUGAACGAGGAGGACGUUGAGAAUUUGAAGUGGCUCAAAAUUUUCAACAAAUACGACCUGUACAGCAAGAGCAAGGUUCUGAUCGACGUAGAGACAGUCAAGCCUUAUUAUCAAUCUCUUAUUGACAAGUAUUUCCCUUCGAAGCUUAAAUGGUAAAGGAUGAAGAUGAAGGGCUGAAAGUAGAGGGAAAUAUGCGGGAAGUAUAAAAUAAAUGCUGUGGAUUAUAGCCAGAAAGUGAUCCAAUCUAUGCCUAAUUUUAUUCUCCAAAGUUUUAUCUGAAAUUAAAUUUCAAAUAUGAAAUAAGAAUUGAAUAUUAA